GCUAAACGAGAGAGCGGUGCUCACACUGAAGGAGGCAGAGGCAACAGCUACAGCAACAGCACACUCCUUCCCCGUCCUCCCUCUCCUCGCUCAUGAUCCGUGCCGGGGGGAGAUGGAGGGCAUGCUGACCCAUUGAGGAGCACUAUCUAAAGGACAGGAACAUCUCAUGACCUCACCUCCUAUGAAUGACUGGAUCUUUUCCUUUUCUUCUUCUUCUUUUUUGGGGGGGGACAAUAAUCAACGAGGAAGCAAGGGAGGUGUGUACACUCGAGCCUGCUGGAGGGAGGGAGGGAGAAGGAGAGAGGAAAGGGGGAUGAGGCAGGUUUGUUACAGCUGCUGAUGCCAGAGUCUGAGAGCGAGACAGACUGAGGGGGACCUAAGUAGUGGAGGGCCGGCACGUGUGGAACGCUGUCGGCAACUUGUGGGCCAAGAGGAGAGGAAAACAGAAUCGCAUACACACACAGCUGGACAGAUGAGGAGGCAUCAAGGGCCACACUUCAGUCCUGGGUGUAUGGUGCACUGACCCUGCCUACAACAGGCAAGGAGUCAGAGGACCAGGGCCAUGAUUGGCUCUCCUGGCUCUGGUGGGCGUGCCUUAGUGCCAUGGCUGAGGGUGUGGCGAUGGGUCCUGGCUGCUUCUCUGGUUGCCAUGAUAACCUUGUCACUGCCAGGAAGUAGCCAGGCCUGUCCACCACGGUGCGAGUGCUCAGCUCAGCUGAGGUCAGUGUCGUGCCAGCGGAGACGGCUCACCAACAUCCCAGAGGGCAUCCCCACGGAGACACAGCUCCUGGACCUCAGCAAGAACCGGCUCCGCUGGGUGCAGACGAGUGACCUGGCACCUUAUCCACGUCUGGAGGAAGUGGACCUUAGUGAAAACCUCAUCUCCACAUUAGAGCCCAAUGCCUUUGCCACCCUCCAGAGUCUUAAAGUACUGAAGUUAAGAGGAAACCAGUUGAAGUUAGUGCCCAUGGGGGCUUUCGCCAAGCUGGGCAACCUGACCAGACUGGACCUGAGCCAGAACAAGAUUGUGAUUUUACUGGACUACACCUUUCAGGAUCUGAGGAGUCUGAAACAUCUGGAGGUGGGAGACAAUGACCUAGUUUACAUAUCCCACAAGGCUUUCUCAGGGCUGGUGGGGCUGGAGGAUCUCACAAUAGAGCACUGCAACCUGACAUCCAUCUCUGGCCAGACGCUAUCCUACCUCCGUAGCCUGGUCACUCUGCGCCUUCGUCACCUCAGCAUCACUGCCCUAGAAGACCAGAAUUUUCGCAAGCUCUUCAACUUGCGAGGUCUGGACAUUGAUCACUGGCCGUACCUGGAGUACAUCUCCCCUCUUAGUUUUCAAGGCCUGGACCUUCACUGGCUUUCCAUUACCAACACCAACAUCACCUCUGUCCCUUCUGCCUCCUUCAAGAACCUGGUGCACCUGACCCAUCUCAACCUGUCCUACAAUCCCAUAACCACACUAGAGCCCUGGGCCUUCAAAGACCUACUGAGACUGAAGGAGCUCAUCAUGGUAAGCACAGGUUUGAUGACAGUGGAGCCCCAUGCCCUUGGAGGCCUCCGACAGAUCCGGGUGCUCAACUUCUCCUCUAAUGACCUGCAGACUCUGGAAGAGGGCUCCUUCCACUCUGUCAACAGCCUAGAGACCCUCAGAGUGGAUGGGAACCCCUUGAUGUGCGACUGCCGUCUGUUGUGGAUCCUGCAAAGACGCAAGACCCUCAACUUUGACGGCAGAGUGCCAGUGUGUGCGGGGCCGGUUGAGGUGCAAGGAGUCAGCCUGAGCACCUUCACCGACUCUGCACUCUUUGAUCACUUUACAUGCCAGAAACCUAAGAUACGCAACCGUAAGCUGCAGCAGGUGGUUGCUCGUGAAGGCCAGCCAGUGAGCUUCCUGUGUCGAGCUGAAGGAGAACCUGCACCUGUUAUUGUCUGGAUUUCACCACAGCGCAGACGGAUCACAACUAAGAGUUCAGGGCGCAUUACGGUUCUCCCUAGUGGCACCCUGGAGAUCCGUUACACCCAGCUUACUGACAGCGGAACAUACAUCUGCAUCGCCAGUAACGCUGGAGGCAAUGACACCUAUUUCGCCACACUCACAGUGCGGGGCCAGCCGCUAGACGCCGCCUCAGCCUUCUUUCUCAACCGUUCCUUGUACAGCGGCGAGUUCUUCAACGACACAAAUAUGAACAGCACACGUGUUUUCCUCAAGUUCACCUUGGACCUGACCACCAUCUUGGUCUCCACAGCAAUGGGCUGCAUCACCUUCCUGGGGGUGGUCCUCUUCUGCUUCCUGCUGUUGUUCGUGUGGAGCCGGGGACGUGGCCAGCGCAGGAACAACUUCACAGUAGAGUACUCUUUCAGGAAAUCUGAACCCACUACUGGCAGCUCCUCGGGAGGGACCAGGAAGUUCAACAUGAAAAUGAUAUGAAACAACGCAGCCAGGGGUCCCUUGGGGGAGGCAUGAGCACGUCCCAUAAACGUGUUUGACACACACAAACACACACAGCCACUGACUCACAAAGAAGUUUGAAAGCACAGUUGAAAUAAGUCUAUGGCUCUAUUCAAAAUUGAGCAUCUAGAUCAAAACUGGAGCCAUAACUUGAUUUGGUUUGAUUUGAGAAUGAAAACAAAAUGACCCUGAUCUCUCUUCUCAGUGAUUCUCUUCAGCUUGUGGUGAAAAACAUGCUUGAAUGAUACUGUAAGGCGCUAUAGUAUUGAUAGAUUUGAAAGAGCAACUUGUCAUCCAUGCUUGAUAAGAAUAACAGCUGUAAGAAUUAUAGGAAAUACAUUGUGAAUUGGCAUGAUUACUGAGCUGUGGGGUACUGUAGUCCUGUGUCUCAGUUACAUUAAUGAAAAAAUGAUUUUCUUUUUCAUUAAACUUCCCCUUUAAUGUAUUCUGUGCAGUCAGGGACUUGAAGAGAAAUGUAAUGCAUGGAGAACUGGUAGCCAUCCAUUUAUAGAGUUUGUAGCUACAGUAUACUCUUCUAAGAACUGCCUUAUUACAGUAAGAGCCAUGCAUGUACUGUAGCUUUGCAGUUGAGGCUUAAGUUGUAAAUUUAUGCCACUGAAUAAAACCAAUGGUUGUGAAAGAAAAACAAACCAAAUAUGUUUCCAUAGUCUACAGAACAUCUAACAGCAAUCUUUACUAUUCUUACCACAGCUGAACAGUGAGGAGGAUUAUACAGGGUCAUGUCAUUUGUUUUAAAGGCCAAAACCUUAAUGGAUGUAGAAUAUAAUCUGAUAAUAAUGUCUAGUAAGAAGCAAUGGAUUUGGAUCAUGCAGAAAAAGAAAAAAGACUUGGCCUUUUCUUCUUUGUGGGAUUUUACAACACCAUUAACUGUGUGAGUUUGGGAUGAGCACACUGGCCAUGAGCUGCUGUGACUGCCCGUGGCUCAGAGGGUUUGGCUAUGGAGUUAAGCCUACCAGACACGGGCUGCCAUGGUAACCACAACAACCAACACAAUAGAAAGCUGGGAGAUCAGGGCGGUCACCACUCGAGGGUUGCUGGGUAGAAGGGGAGGGAACAAUGAAGUCCCUGUGACCUCUGCUUCCUCUCUGCUACAUCAGAAGCCCCGUUCAUGCUCUUUCAUCAACAGGAGCAGGAUGACGUGUUGGCCUCUGCCCAUCCAUCCCCGCUUUUUGGUGUGUUGGUGGUCACCUGACCUACCCGGGGCUGCCAGGGGGGAGCAGCCUGGAGAGUUGGGUCAUACUCAGAGGCAGACAGAGGACACACAGUGGCACUAUAGAGGCAGUCAAAUAAACACAUCCACACUCAUCCUAGUAGUGGAAAACACAAAUAGCAACACAUGUAUGGCACCUUUUCUCAGGAAAAGUGAAACACAGAGUGAUCCUAGCCACACAUAUUUACUCUGUUAGAAUACAAACAUUCCAGCAAUACUGUAUGUAGAGCCAUAAAGCUGAAAGUCAUUCUCUGAGAUGUAAAUGUACAAAUCUCUGAGAUGUUAUGUAAAUUUGUGAGAAUAUUAACAAAGCCAUAGUAUGUGUAGGUUGUUUUUUAUACAAUAGUGUGUGCAUGAUUCAGUUAUAUAAUAAUAAUUAUUGCCACUGCCAUCUUACAAGCUGUUGUGAUGAUCAGAAGACCAUCUGCUGUCGCUGGGCUUGCCUAAAGUUGCAACCCAGAACACACACACACACACACACACACACACACACACAUGAUCACACUAAAGCAACAUCAAGGUUUUUUGGAUUGAUCACAAUCACAGAUACACAUUAACCCUCCUGUUAUGUUGCGGGUCAAAUUGACCCACGAACAUAACUACUGA